AUGAAGACUGCCGAAUUCGAGUUCGACCUCGACUACAAGGUCAUGCCCCAUGACCCCGUCGAGCUCCGAGGUAAAACUCGCGAUAGCGGAAAGAUGAUUGUCUUGGAUCGUGAAAGCUCCAAGAUCGAUCAUGCCAUAUUCUCCAGCAUUGGAGACUACUUCCGCUCCGGAGACCUCCUGGUGCUGAACGACAGCUACAUGCUGUCAAACACCCUGUGGUUCGAGUACGGCAACAAAGAAACCCUCCAACUGACUGUCUACGGCCACGAGCCAGACGGCACCACCAUCGUGGAGCUCAAGAAGCCCGAAGUCACCUUCAAACGAGGGCAAACCCUCACCUCCCUGGACGAAGAGAAGCUCAAAUGCACUCUCCUUGACCAGCAGCCCGAUAAGCUGUGGAAGGUCCAGUUCAGUCCCGGUGACCUCCUCCUCCCAACUCUCGACCAAUACGGAGCCCGGCUCGACGAAAACAUCCAUUUGAACCCCACAUACUGGAAGGAAAAGCCCGAUUCUUACCGCUCUGUGUACGCUAAGAAGCCUGGCUCUUUGGAGAUCCCUUCCGCCGGACUGCACUUCUCUCAUGAGCUGCUCGCCGAAAUCUCCGCUAAGGGUGUGGAAAUCGCCUAUAUCACUCUGCAUGUAGGGGCGACUGAGAUCCUCUCUGUUCGACAUAUCAGUGUUGAGGAGAUCGAAAAGCACAAGGUGCGAUCGGAGUACUACGAGGUCAGUGAAAGGACCUCAGCACAGCUAAAUCGAGCACGGGGCGAAGGCCGUCGCGUUAUUGCUGUCGGCACGACUGUUAUGCGGACGCUGGAGACCAUUACCCGUGAGACCGGCCGCAAGGGUACCAUCAAGCCCCAGCAUGGAUGGACCGAUCUCUAUAUCUAUCCGGGAUUCGAGUUCAAUGCUGUUGAUGUGCUGCUUACCAAUUUGCAUCGCCCGCGGUCUAGUCAUAUUGUACUUACGGCUGCGUUCGCGGGAACGGAGUUUGUUAUGAGGAGCUAUAAGGAAAUUCAGAAGAAGGGCGAUUAUGAGUUUGAUAUGUUUGGAGACUGUAUGCUUAUUACUUAG